AUUGGCAUUCCUAUGAAGAUGUUAAUUGAUGUGAUAUCAGAAAAAAACAGUGACUUCUAUAAAAGAUUUAUUCAUUUCAGUGUGAACAGCAAGCAAAUUACAGAAGAACUGAACUUUGUCCAGAAGUUGGAUGUUGUAUCUCUUAACUACAAACUCACUCAUAACUUAGAGGUGCUGAAGACUUUGCAAAUAAAAGACAGGCUUGAGCUGCAGGCUAUCUUGAACCUGGAAGUCACCAAGAGCUUUAGUAUGAAAUUGCUUUAUGGUACUCACCUAACAGUGCUCGAAGGACAAAUCCAGGAGUUUGAAACAAGUACCAACAUAACAGGGAAUUUCCAUCACACUUUGCCAUGGCUGCUACAAGCCAGAGUCCCACCAUCUUUACAGAUAGAUGUGGUUUUGCAAGGGAGAAACACUACUCAAGAAAGAUAUGUGCAUAUUUCAGCUGGAGAAACAUCAAUCACAUACAGAAUAAACUCCUAUUAUGUUGGUCACCAAGUGGAUAUCUUCUGCCAAAGUGUACACAGCAGUGAGGUACUCCAGGCAGCUGGUUAUCCUAAGGCAAUCAACUUGAUUUUCAGCUUACAGGAAUCAGACAACAAAGCCAAGACUGUCUGUGAAAUCCAAUAUGAUGAGAAAGAUAUAACUGUGACUGUGGAUGUUGGCACCGACUUCCAACUCUUCGGUGUAUUUGUGCUCAUGGCAGAGGUGAAGCAUUCCAUAUCACUUCUCCAUCAUCUGGGACUUCCCUUCUUUCUUAAGGUGACAGUUCAGGAAGUCCUGACUGAAAAUGAAACUGCAGGAGCUCUGAGGCUGACCUAUGAACAAAACACAAACUUCUCCUUUGCCAUCAGUAGGAAAAAAGACCAGCAAGGUGAAGAGUUGAAUAUAAAAGCACUCCAGACUCAUCCCUUCUUUCUACAGUACUUCCCCAGUGCAGCUGAAGUGUCUUCUAAGGUAAAUUAUGAUAUGAGUGAAGCAAAAGGCAGACUCUGCCUCAGGAUGGAAAAAAGAGAUUUCAAUGUUACAGCGAAGCUCACUUUGACUGGAACCAGCUACACUAAUGCCCUUGAAAUAGUACAGACCAUGUCCCAGUUAAAAAUGGUUCCAAGGCAGCUUGUGUUUAUGACUGUUUACCAAAAGGGCAACAGGACACGCAUGCUGAAGCACAUUGCUCUGUGGGAUGGCAAAGAGAUAAAGGUAACAGGCACUUACACUGGACUCUUCCCAAAGUUGCUUGGAGGUCACAACAUUCAGGUGGAACUUUUCCAUCCCCUCUCCAUCCCUUUCCCACGGCAUGCCAGGGUGAACUUAUAUGUGAAACAUUCGGCACGUAAUCACCAGGAUGAUCUUACUGUCAUUUGGAAUGAGGAGGACCAGAUAUCAGUGUCAUCUUCUCUGAAGUUUGGAAGACACCGGACAAACUACAGAGCCACUGUUGCCCACCCAUUUAAUUACACCCUGAAGCAACUGGAGAUCCAUUCCCUGUCAGAAAGAAGAGGCAGAAAGUACAACCAGCAGCUGCAGCUGGCAGGGAAUGCCGGGCAGCCUGCUGACAUCCGACUGACCCUGGAGGAGAAAUCCAAGGUGGACGUCACUGCCUGGGGGGGCUGUGUGACACUCUCUGCAGGCCAGCUUCAGAGAAUAUUAAGUAUGGAACACCUGCAUGCAUGUGGAUCUCUAGAGCAAAGAGCAACACUGUUUAAUGAAUAUCUAGAUCUGAACUGGGAUGACAAAAAAAUCAAACACAAUUUAACAUAUGAGAGAAAUCAAUUCUUGUAUCCUGAUAAAUUCCAGUUAGAAGCUGUUCUAGAAAAUAUUUUCCUGACCCCAUGCACCAAACAGAAGAUUCUGGGUAAAAUAGAAACAAACUACUGCUCUUCCCUGGAUCAUUAUACAAGCUUUGAGUUCUGUGACCUUCCAAAUGUAAUUGUUUUAUCUGGAAAACACCAGCUCAACAAAGAUAACAUCAUUUUGCAGUCAGAGAGCAGAUUCCACCUUGGUGAUCACAGGACAGAUGAGGGGUUGAUUGGAGUAUCCGUAAAGAAUCAGAGCACUGCUGAUGUGAAGAACUAUUCUAUGGAAAUUGAUUUAAGAGCCUUUGAAGAUAUUUGGCUAGGCCUGGCAGGAACUGCUACUUCCUCAUCUGUCCAGAGCCAAAUCCUGGUGGAGGGGAAUAUUGAUCAGAAAGAGAAAGUAAAAGUGGCAGCUUCAAAAGGAAAGGAGUGCAUUCAGUACUACCUGGGGUAUCUGAAAGGGGAUUUGGAAGAAGGAAUGGAAGUCAGUGCUUGUUCUGAUGGGCAGGAGAUGGCUGCCAUUAACACCUAUCUCAGCAUCAAUGGGGAAAGGCAGGAAAACACGGGACAAGUGACUCUAGCAGCUGCUAAUGGAAGCUUGAGUCUUCUGGCUCAUGGAUGCGGGGACCCAGUUCUUAAGGCUGAGUACAAGCUUAAUGAAAUUGGGAGUCUUUUGAAAGCCAAACUGAUGGAAAAGAUAAAGAAGUUUGAUGGAUACAUGUGGAGAUUCAGGAGAUCAGUGCAGCAAGUUGGUUUCCUGUCUGAAGCAGCUGCCUGGCCUUCCACAGCCUUGCAGAAGGCAGCAGGGUUCCUGCUCAGCGGGGGCAGAGCGGUCGCCCAGGCGUGGAAGCAAAGCGGAAUCGGGCAGAUCCUGAGGAGCAAGGUCCCGCUUUACCUGGAUAAAGUUCAAGGCAUUGUCCAGCAAAUGCAGAACGAAUUGCAAAAGCCAUUAGCAACUUUGAAGGAUGCCUACUAUGACGUAACCUUGAAGCCACUGGAUGAGGUCUGGAAAGAGAAGACAGAAGAGUACAUGAAGAAAAUCCAGGCUUUUUUACCCAAAAUUGUAAAAGAUGCGUGGCUAAUGGAACCAAUCCAGCUGGCAUUAAAGGUUGUGAAAGCAGCCUUGGAUACGACCACACAGCAGAUGUUCAGGUGGGCAGAGUCCACGUUUUCCCGAGCUGUGAGGAAGAUCCGGAAGCCCUUGCUCAACCUGUACAGUUUUUCAGCCAGGAACUGUUCAGUGGCAGUAAAACUGCCAGUACUGCCCAAAGGAGACCACUCCCUACAGCUGGCAAAUGUUCCUACUUAUCUCGUUGGAGAGAAAAUAAUGAGGCCUCUGCAAGACCUCUACAAAAUCAACAUCCUUGCGGAGUAUUAUAGAUUCAAACGGAGGAUGGUGGAGAGUCCCUUCGAAUAUCAUGCUCUGUUAGUGGGGACCAAGCAUCUUGUGACUUUUGAUGGAAAAAUUUAUGAUUUGGCAUCAAGGUGCAGUGUACUUCUUGCCAAGGAUUUUGUCCACAAUGCUUUCACUGUAAUAUUAAGUGAGGAAACCCGUAACUCAAGAUCACUGUAUGUGGAGAUGAACCAGACUGUGAUCACUAUCCACCCAAGACUGAAGAUCUCCAAGAUGUUCUCCUUUACGGAAGAGAACUGCCAAGUACUGGAUAAAUCACUUGAAAAGAAUACCACUAAUUCAAGGAGAGAAACCAACAAAAUAGAAAUAUCUAAUCAGAAAGGAGUUUCUCUAUCCUGUGACUUUCAGUAUGAUCUCUGUACUGUCACUCUGGCUGGGUGGCACCAUGGUAUCUCAGCUGGGCUUUUUGGCACCAAUGAUAAUGAAGCUGGAAAUGAAUGGAUGCUUCCUAAUGGUUCCUUCACUGACAACGUGCAAGAGUUCACACAGAGCUGGCAGGUGAACAAGUGCAGUCUUGUACCACAGAAAGAGAAGCCAUGUCCAAUUACAAGCAAGCAAAACAUCUGCAGAGUGUUUUUUGAAGAACCACAUUCGCUUCUUAGGAACUGCUUCAAAGUUGUGGACCCCCAGCCCUUCUACACCAUGUGUACACAGGACACCUGCGAGUCCCCGGCCCCAGGGGCUGCCUGCAGCUCAGCAGCAGCUUUUGUUCAUCUGUGCAACCGGAAUUUUGUCCCUGUGGAAAUCCCUCCACAGUGCUUGAGCCAGUUCUGAAAGGCACAUACCAGCCCUGGAGAUGGAAGAAUCCUUUCAGCACCCAAAAAUAGAAGUUAUUUUAGGCAGACAAGCUAGAGGCAAGAGUAGGAGAACAG